UUGUCUCUCCAGGAUUUUCCCAUCUUUUCCCAUAAGUCACUCCCUCUUUUUCCCUGUGUAUACCUCUCUCCAGUGAACAGCUAUGGUGAUGAUGACAUUGAUGCCACCAGUUCUGAAAGCGAAGACGAAGUCCUGAAGCAGUUUGAAAUCUCUGUGUCCCGUUCACAGAGUUUCCGCGCUGCGGCGGCUAGUACUAGUUUAGAGCUAUCUAACCAGACACAGGUAGCCUUGGGUCGACGCCAUAAGUUCACCCGCCUAUCAGACCAGGACGAGGGCAGCACUGAGCCAUCUGACUGUGAAGAGAUGGAGGCUCCCAGCCGUUUCCAGGACCCGCUCUCUGCAACUGAAGAAAAAAUUGAGACCAAGACUCUGGAAAAACGUAUCGGAGUUGGGACAUCAACUCCGAAAGACAGUCCUACUCCAAGUAUGAACCGUCAGGCUGCUGAUGGAAGUGAAGACACCGAAAAUCUUGUGGACAAAAAUGAAGCCACAGAUAGCUCUUCUACUUUGAGCCCAGAGCAAGAGCAGGCUCCAAAUGUUGAGGUCUCAUCGAACCCGGUGUGUUCCUCCCCUCGGCCUCUUAUAUCCAAAUGUGGAGACUUGGUCCUCUCGUUAGAGUACUGCCCCGGCUCAGAGAAGCUGCUGGUCAGGGUGGUGUCGGCUCUGGACAUCCCAGACAAGGCUCGCAGUGGCAUGGACUCGUGGCAGGUGCACAUGGUCCUUCUGCCCUCCAAGAAACAACGGCACAAAACGACAGUACAAAAGGGCUCGACGCCACGCUUCGAUGAGACUUUUCGAUUUUCACGCCUGGAGCCAUCUGAUUUACAGAUGUCAGCCAUCAGGUUCAGGUUAUAUGCACUCGGGGGUAGGAUGUCUCGGGAGCGGAUGAUGGGAGAGAAAAUACUCCAUUUAGGAGGCAUUAAGCAGGAUGGGGGUAUGACGGAGACGACGCUGAUUCUUGAGCCUCGAAGUAACAUCAAGAGCGUGGACACCCAGUUGAGUUUAUCUGCCGUGUCUCCGACUGACAGUGCCUCGUCCACUCAGUCUCUGACCCAUGGCGGUGUGCCCGAACUACUUGUGGGUCUUUCCUACAAUGCCACCACAGGACGCAUGUCCGUGGAACUCAUCAAAGGAAGCCAUUUCAGAAACUUGGCUAUCAACCGACCUCCAGACACCUACGGGCGGCUCACUCUUCUGAACUCUGUCGGGCAGGAGAUCUCACGGUGUAAGACGUCGGUGCGUCGUGGACAGCCCAACCCCGUCUAUAAGGAGACGUUCGUCUUCCAGGUGGCCCUGUUCCAGCUGUCGGACGUCACGCUGCUGGUCUCCAUCUACAACCGCCGCAGCAUGAAACGCAAAGAGAUGGUCGGGUGGAUAGCCCUCGGCCAGAACAGCAGCGGAGAGGAGGAACAACUUCACUGGCAAGACAUGAAAGAGAGUCGAGGACAGCAGGUCUGCCGGUGGCUUGUCCUACUGGAGGCUUGAUACUUCUUUUCGUGCGUCUCAAAGUUGGAUGGAAUUUGCUCUUUUGAAUAACAAAAAAACAUAAUUUGCUGACUGUGGGGUUAUUUAUGGAAGGUUUUCAUAUCUGAAGGCUUAAAAGCUCCUUAUAAUAUGUUUCUCAGCCAUGUGGCAUUCACUAUAUUCACACUGCAUCAUACAUAUUUUCACAUUUCAAACCAAAGGUGAAUAACAGAAUAAGGUCUAAAAUCACUUGAAGGGUGGUGAAGGGGAACUGAGCUUUGGGUUUUGAUUGGUAGACCAACUUGAAAGUUUUUAGGGUUUCGAUCUGAUGUUAAAUAGCACACAAAUGCGAUAUCAGAUACAAAUAGAACAUAGCCCACAUGAUAAUGAAAGAGCACACCUCGUUUUUGACUGAAUCAAGGUUCUUUCAACUUAGUCAAUCUAUCUGACAAGAUUUGACUUAAAAUUCACAAUUCAAUUUUACUUUUAUAACUCAUAAGGUCAUCUCAGGGCUACUUAAAGAUUCUGUCCAAUUCAAGUUAAUAAAAUCAAUUUAAUGUAUACAAUCAUACCACAAUCACUUCCAGUUAAUUAAAAUCCAAGACAUUACAAAUUUGUGGUACAAGAAUAGUUGAUUUGGUGGCACCCUCAGCGAGCAAGUAUCUUAAAAAAAAAUAAUUCAUAAAUGUCUAUAAACACUGGAAAAAAGUGUUCAUUGACAAAGCUAUGUUGAGAAUUAAUCCCAGCACUCUGCUCUAGGACCAUUUACUUAAUACAAUGAUUUUCGAAGAUCACAGUAAAUUGCUUAAGCCCAAUCUGAUGCCUUAAAUUAGAUUUUUGUACAGAAAGUAACAUUGAUUCAUCAGAAUCUAGCAAAUCUUUACAUGUGGAGUUGUUUAACAAGCAAAUUCUGAUUUUGAUUUUAAAUUUAAAUCUUUUAAUAUAGACGGAUAGUUCAUUUCAAUUCAUUGCAAAGAAGUGCUUUAUGACUUCAGAUUACUUUUUUUAUUUGGAUAUAAACAAAAUAUUUAAUCAUGAUUCUAAUUUUCAAAGGAUUCUACAAUAAAGAAUACACCUUUUUAACAAUAUACAUGUAUAAUAUUGACUGUUUCACUAUAGAUAACAUGAAUGAGCAGCCAUGUUUUAAUCUUCUUCAUAGUUGGAGCAUCAAAGGGUUUUGUUUAAAAGAUUAAUUAUCUACACCAUGUUUGAGUUCACAUAAUCUGGAUUUUAGUCUGUAUGUAUAAGAAAGCUCUUUGGCUAGUAUUUCAAGUUAUAUUUUAUAGUGUAGCAUUCCUUCUGCGGGACCACGUCACCAUAAAAACUCUAAAAAGAACCAAGCCACGUGGGGAGAAGCAAAGCUAUUCCAAAUUUCAAGUGGAUGAGGAAGAUGUCUCAUUCAUAUUCAGCACCCAUUCAUAUUAUUCUAACGCUCAAGCUAUUAAAGGCAGGAAAACCAGCAGCUGGAGACUCUUCACUCCACUGGGAUACGCCUCAUCAGGGCUGAAUAAUGUUAUUCAGCCAUAGCUCCUUCUCUUUUACAUGUCAGCACCCGUCAGUGUUGAAAAUCAAAAGAGACCUUUGAUAUCUCGACACAGCUUUAAAUUACAUUCAUUGAAUUAAUCUGGAAGAGUACUCGCCCCCUAGCUCAUCUCUCUCUGAAUGUAGUAAUCAGCAUUUCCAGAUGUUUAAUAGUACAGUGUGAGAUGCUAUUACUGCCGGUGCUCAUGCUCCUCCUGUCUGCACACCUUUCAGUCAUAAGGUUGAGCCUCGAGCAGGGUGUUAUAUUAGUACAUGUUUAACAGAUGCCUCUGCUUCAAACUCUCAGGCGUUUACACAAAGAGCACAUAGAUGUUCCAUGUGUACGGUGUUGAUGUUGUGACCCUCAGAACUUCACAAUUUGAUUUGAAGAUUAAAACGUAAACAUCGAUAUUCAGUUCACAGAAAUUUCAUUUAAAAUUUUUCAGUCUUCAACCUGUCACCUUCAUUUUUUCCUUAUGUUUUCAUGACUGGAAUAAUCUUUAUUAAUUUUUUUAUAAAGAUUAAGUCAAAUUGUGCACAGCCAAGCAAUGAUGUACAGUUCCAACCAGGAUUUAUUGUGACAUAAAUGAUUCAGGAGAGCUUCAAGCAGCACAAACAUUUUUUUUCAUUUUUGUUUUUUUUAGGCAAAACUGAGUGAUAAGUGAUCAGUUACUGAGUCAUUCAGUAUAUGGGAAAGGCAGCACAAGAGCCAAGUUGGAAGCGCAGUACGUUUUACCAGCAAAUGACAGUCAUAUAUAAUGAAUGAGAGAGAGUGCUGCUCCUUUUGAUGAGCAUCUUAAGGAUUUUCCUGUUUUCCUAUAAUUAUUAUCAGAGUGACCGAACAGAAAUCAUUGGAGUCUGUUCCUUUUCUUGUGCAACAAAACUCAUUCUUCUCAUUAAGAUGAGAGAUUAUUACAGUAGUUUUAGUAAAUUGAGUUUAGCUGGAAAAAAAUAGGUUAAUUUUGUCUCCAGCAAAUGGAAAAAAUAAAAAACUGAAACCAGUGUUUAGGUGCAAAAGUAAUUAUCUUCAAAUGAUUUGUUUUUUUUUCUACAAAACUGCAUUGUUUGGUAAUGUUGCUUCAGAAUUCCAGAAUGUGUCCUAAACCAAUGAAGGUUACGUUUCCUUUGGCAUCAAAGCUGCCGCAGAAUUUCAGAAGCAGCAGUCCAGUUCUACUGACCUCGUGCUUGUGUGUAUAAUGACGAUGAAAUAUUUACUGCCCAGGGAGUAUUAUCUGUAUUUUAAGCAUGUUGAGUUACUGUACAGAUUAUCUAUGAUUUCCAAGUGGUAAAUGUUUACUGUUAAUCGAUAUUUUCCAGGAUUGUAUUUACAAAUCUGCAUGUUUAAUGCGCGAUCCCAGUUUACAUUGCAGAUGUUAGACAAUCAGAUUGUGCUGCAGAUGUAAUAGAGUCUUUAAUACUGAUGAAGUGCCUGUAAUAUUUUUAGAUGAAACAUAUUCAACAUGGUAAUGAAAUCAUAGAAAUGUGCAUGAAGCCUUUUUGUUGUUCCUUGUGAAUGCUGCUAUCAGAUUAUAGGUGGAAGGUUUAUCUGUCUAGAUCAGGACCAGGGCUGAAGACUUAACUUCUUUCAAGACCACAUUCAAUAAGGGUUGACGUUCACAACACCCAAAACACAAAAACAAUAAAAAGAAAAACAAUUAUGCUACAACACCAACAAACAACAACUUUCAUUUAUUGAAAAUAUUUUUUCCCACAAUAUCAAUUAAAUUAUCACAGUUUGUGGGUAAUUUAGUUGGAAAAUUUCAAACUCAUCCAUAAAUCCAUUUUCUGUUCCGCUUAUACCCAACGGGGACUAGAGUCCAUCCCAGUACAAUGGUCGAGAGGCGGUAAUUUUGUUUUACCUCUGUAAAUGACAUGCAAAAGUAACAAACUAGCUUUUUUUUAUUACUAAAUGAAUUUGUACUUCUAAAAAAAAACAUGCUGAUACUAAUUCAUCAGUUCCACUUUGAAAAAAUACACACAAACCCCUCCACCUCUUUUAAAAGUAAUAGUUUUGCAUAUAGUUUGGUAGCCAUUAAUUAAGUACACAAAAUACUUUUUAAACAGAUUGGAACGUCAACUUAAUUUUUAUUAAAUACUUGUUGUAAAUGUGAAUUAUUGUAGUGUUAUCCAGGCUAAAAUCCAGAUGAAAUAUGCCACAUAAAUGGUAGUGUAGUGUCGCACUAACCAUCCUCUGUUACCACCUCUUUGUGCAAUCCACAGUCCAAACAAGUUUUAAUUCUGAAUUCUUGCAUCACAGACUUUUUUUCUUUUUUUUCUUACCAAAUAGAUUUUUGAUAUUAAAAGAAAAAAGAGGCUCACUUAUGAUUUUUAAAUUUUCAAUAACUCUGAUUAAUUCUGCCUCCAGCCCUGGUCUAGACCUUGCAUGCUGAGCACUUGGAGCACCAGAAAACAUUUUUUUGGAACAAGUCUUGUUGUUGCCAAUAAAAUCAA